CAACAACAUAAUCAACAACAACAACAAAAACAACCUCAAAAACAAUAUCAACAGCAUCAGCAACCGCAAAAUCAACACCACCAGCAGCCACAAGAACUUCGGCAACAACUACAUCAGCAACCCAGCCAUCAACAAUGUGUUAAAGAUGAUCAACAAACAUUUCCCGCCGACGAUGAGCAACAACAACAACAGCAACAACUACAACAGCCAUACUGCCAAGAACAACCACAACAACAACAAAAUGAAACAUGCACCGAACAGCCACAAGAGUCGCAGCAACAGCCACAACAAUCGCAGCAGUCACAGCAGCAGCUUCAACAAACGUACCAGGAUCAACAACUAA